AUUAUUAAAUAGUCCGAUCCUCUCUUCUUUCUCUUAUUUAAUGUAUGGCAUUUAAUCAACCUAGUAUUCUGUAUGGUAACCAUAAUUGUCUUUCUGCUGUACACGCACCCAUCGUUCAGACAGGAACUACCGCUAGAACACAAGAUCGUGUUCGACACAAACCGAACACUCGUUCUGGAUGAAUCCAACAUGGCCACUGUCCUGAGGACCGACCCUUACCCUUUACUCUUCUGGAUGGACGUGGCUGGACUCUUCUUCUUCACCGCCAAGUACGUGGUGGAGCUGCUCAUCUGCCCGUCGGUGAAGCAGUUCCUGUGUCAGUUCUUCAACGUCAUAGAACUCAUCGUCCUCGUCGACAUAUCGGUGGUCCUGCUCACCGACUUAUUGGACACACAUCACAGACUGCACGCCGUCAAGGAGUUCAUGUACAUCCUGCGGUUCGGCUUCGGGCUUCGCGUGUUUCGAAUGUUCCACCUGGCCAGACAUUACAAGAUCAUGCAGAUCCUGUAUUUGACUCUCAAGGGCAGCUGUUGCCACAUGUUCCUCCUAAUUGCCGCCCUGGCCAUGGCGGUCAUCAUUUUCGCCACGGCAAUUUUCGCCGCGGAAGGCUUCGGUAACGUGAACACGUUUCCAAGCAUUCCUGAUGGAAUAUGGUGGGCCAUCAUCACCAUGACAACUGUGGGGUAUGGGGAUUAUGCUCCAAAGACUUUCCCGGGAAAGGUUGUUGGGUCUGUGUGUGCUGUGUCGGGUCUUCUGAUCAUAUCUUUGCCUAUUGCCAUCAUCGCGUCCAGCUUUGACUGUUACUACCAGAAUAUGGAGGCCACGGAACAUAGCAUUCGCCGACAGGCAACUGUGUUCGGAAAGAAAGGUGGCAGUGAAAAUGGCAUUGCUGUACAAACAUCAGUCAAAUUGCACGCCAGUAGCAUCACCGUCGUACCUUGCGUUUCUUAA